CACACGGGUGUCUCGCUCUGGAAGACAGCUCUUCUAAGGAAAUCCUGGAAGAUUUAUGAAGUUGUAAAAUGUGGGUGGAAGUCUCUGUCUGACUGUCAACGCUUCAGCCAAACAUCUGCUGAUUUUUCUAUCAAAAAAAAAAAAAAUUCUUAGAUUCCAUUCCUGAAACUGGAACUAAAUAUUCCAACUAAUUAUUCCAACGAAGAAGAAUUCAAUUUUGUACUACAUUCUGCAAGUGUGUGGGUUGCCUGCUUUCUUAAGAUGUUUCUGCAACAUAGUCUUGGGUCGAGGUAUGGAAGGAGGAAAUCGAGUGUGAAAAAAGGAGAAGUUGUAGAAAGGAAGGAAGAAGAAGAAAUGAAAGAGGAGGAAAACAAAGAAGAAGAAAUGUGGGUGUUUGUUGCAGAUGUUCAAAGGCCAGAGAUUCUGUGGUCAGCCAUGCCUGUCCCCCCUCCUCCCCCUCCCCCUGCACCUCCACCACCUCCACCACCCUGUACUGCUCACCCACCACAGUCUCGGCCAGACCCUCCUAGUCUCCAGAGUGUUGGAGGAAGAGGAGGGAGGAACGCCCUGUUAGUAGACAUUCAGAAAGGAGCCAGGUUGAAGAAGGUUUUACAGGUCCAUGACCGUAGCGCACCAGUUGUCGACAAGCCCAGGGCCAGUGGUGGUCUGUCCCAGGACCAUCCCCAGGGAGGAUCAGGAGAAGGGGCGGAGGCUAUGAGGCCCUCUCUAGGGGGCUUGUUCUCUGGCGGGUUCCCCAUCCUCAGACCCGCUGGGCAGAGAGCCUUCACAGGGAAGAACGUGGUUUCACGCUCUAGCUCAUCAACGGGACUGAAGCCUCAGUGGAACCCUCCACCGACAUUGUCAGACAGUGGCCACACCCCCGAGCCCUACCAUAGGCCGCCAGAGAGAGGAAGCCCUUCCCACCGCCCUGCCCACUCAGCCUCCGCACCUCCCUCCCCCUCUCACAGCAAACCUCCCCACUCCAUUACUGCCCCCACCACCACUCUUCCUCCCCCUCCUCCCUCAUUCCAUGAGCGUCCCAGCAGCAGGCCUCCCCCCAUCCCUACUGGUCCUCCCCCUCCUCCCCCUACCCAAGUCACCAAGCCUACCUGGCUCCCCAUCCAGCACCCUCACCCCUUACCCCAGCCCUCUACCCCUCCUCCCUCCACGUCCCCCUCAUCCCUCCCUAACCGGAACUCUGGUUUCUUCUACCCGCCUCCUCCCUCCCCCAUCCUCUCCUCCUCCCUCCCCCUCCUCCCUCCCCUGUCCUCUCAUCCUUCCCCACUCCUCCCUCCCCCAUCGUCUCCUCCCUCCCCCUUCUCCCUCCCCAUCCUCUCCUCCUCCCUUCCCCCUCCUCCCUCCCCUGUCCUCUCCCCUUCCUCUGAAUUGAGGUUCUCUAUCUCUGGUCCCCACGGCCCCCCUCCUCCUCCUCCUCCUCCACCCCUCCCCGCCUCAUUCACCCCCAGCUGCCCCUCCUCUCUGCCCCCUCCACCACCCAAGAUGCCCCCUGUGCCGUCCCCUGCCAUGCGGCCCCCGGUGCCCCCCUCCUACCCCUGCACUGCACCUAGUCGACGACCACCAGCUGUGCCCAGGAGUGCAGGUGUGGGGAGGUCGUUGGCUUCUCCCCCUGUCCCACCAGCCCGCUCCCCGUCCACCGAGCUGACCAACCGGAUCCCUCCCCCUCAUCCUCCUCCCCUCCCCCCGUCCUUAAUGAGGAAUGGACACAGUCUAAGCUUGCACGGCCUGGAUGACUUUGAGUCUAAAUUUCAGUUCCACCCAAUAGAAGACUUUCCCCCUCCAGAGGAGUUUUGGCCCUUUCCACGCAUCUACCCAAGCAGAGAGAACCAAGGAGUGAUCAGGACACAGCUAUGGUGAUGCAGUGAGACAACAUGGACCCCCCACCCCCACACAUCCAACAGCUGGCCCAACACAUCCUCUUCAUCCUACAUUAUCCUCAUCCUCUGUCCCCAGGGGCCAUAAUUGAGACUGUGUGUGUGUGUGUGUGUGUGUGUGUGUGUGUGUGUGUGUGUGUGUGUGUGUGUGUGCAUGCGAAUGCAAUACCGUGCCACACCCAGUGCAGGCUAUGUGACCUCCAACCUUCUCCAGUGUGGAAUGUUUAGAAUGUGUCAGGAGGGUAGAACCCGACAGUGUUCUCUCACUAUAUAUAUAUAUCUAUUGAUAAACUGGGUGGCACCAGCCCUGAAUGCUGAUUGGCUGACAGCCAUGAUAUAUCAUGGGUAUGACAAAACAUUUAUUUUACGUUGGUAAACAGUUUAUAAUAGCAGUAAGGCACCUCUGGGGUAUGGCCAAUAUACCACGGCUAAGGGCUGUAUCCAGGCACUCCGCGUUGUGUCGUGCUAAAGAACAGCUCUUAGCCGUGGUAUAUUGGCCAUAUAUCACACCCCCUCUGGCCUUAAAUAUAUACUGUAUAUAUAUGUCUCUCUCUGUUCUCUCCCUCUCUCUCUAUGUCUCUUUUUGUCUCUCUCUCUCUCUCUCUCUCUCUCUCUCUCUCCCUCUCUCUCUCUCUCUCUCUCUCUCU